AUGAGCAAUAUUGAGGAAUUGCCGCUUAAAUGUCAGAACUGCAGGCUUCCGUUAAAGAUUGAUAGUUCGCUUUUGGAUCUAAGUCUGGCACAGAGGGAUUUGUUGGCGAACUCAUCGAACGACUACACUCCAACCAAAUACAAGAUACCUGACGAUAGACUACACGCUUUAAGUAAAGCUAUUCACCCCAAAGAUUUGAAUCUCCCGAAGUCAGAACUAGACUCUUAUGUGUUUCUGCAGACUGAACCAAGCGCGAGCAGUCCAUCCAAUGACAGUUCAAUUGAAACUUCUGCACAGACUCUGAUUGCCAGGAAAGAGGAUGAUUCAGGAGAUGAGCAUUUGGAUGAAGACUUCCAUUAUGGCCUUUCACAUGGCAAUACGAGAACGCUUUCGACGCAGAUCAGCGCACUAGCUAAUGUGUUCAACAUUCUAUCUUCGAACAGUAAUAUCGACUAUCCUGUGUGCCAAGAUUGCUGCAACAUUCUGAUACAGAGGCUUCAGAGUGAAUAUGAUGAUGCAAUACGGGAAAGAGACCUUUACACUCAAUUCGUUUCCAGAAUAGAAAAGCAGAAGAAAGUGGCCCAACCUGAGUCAACUGGAGCAAUUCAUGAAGAGUCAGCAAAGCUGAAAUCGGAAAGCGAAUCCCUUCUUAAUGAGCUUGUCGGGCUGGAAAAACAAGACGAAGAGUUGGAGCAGAAGAUUGCAUGUCUCGAGAAGCAGGUUGAGGCUAAGAGAAUCACGGAGCUGGAAGACCUGAAACGGAAAAAUAUGCAUGAACUAGAGCUGAUUAAUUUCUCAACUGAAGUCCAGUCUUUGAAAAAACAGUAUGAGUUCUCCCUCAACAGCUUAGAUAGGCUGAGGAAAUUCAAUGUCUACAAUGAAACGUUCAAAAUAUCGCAUGAAGGACCAUUCGGGGUAAUCAAUGGACUCAGGCUAGGAGGAUUCGACGAGGUAAGGGUACCAUGGCAAGAAAUUAAUGCAGCUUUAGGCCAGAUAGUUCUUUUGCUUGCCACGAUCAUUACAAGACUAAACAUCAAAACUAAAGGAUACAAGCUCCAACCCAUGGGCUCUUUCUCAAAAGUCUGUAAAUUUCAGCAAGAAGAACAGGAGUGGGUAACUUACGAGGCCUACUUCGCGGAUGGCUUCAAGCUGGGAAAACUGUUUCGCAAGGAGACAGGUUUUGAUAAAGCUCUUGAGUGUCUGUUGGAUAUUGUCCAACUGAUGGCUGCAGGAUUGUCUCGGCCUCCGUCCGGUGCAGGCGACGUGCAAACUAGUGAUGCAGGUUAUGCUGAAAACGAGAAUGAUGUCAUUUAUGAUGUGGAGCUGCCUUAUGUGAUGCAUAAGGACAAGAUAAACGGAAUUUCUGUGAAGUUGUUCGGCGGUAGGCCGACUUUGGAAUGGACUACAGCAAUGAAGUUUCUGCUGACUAACGCUAAAUGGCUUCUAGCCUUUUCCUCUAGUCGGCUUGCCCAGUCGCCGUCUUCGUGA